GGAGGACUAAAAUCCCUGUGUUGAGUGACGCAGGAGAGCAGUGGACGAUUGGAGCAGCGCUGAUGUGCAACAACUAAGACCGAGAGUCAAGAGUCCAGGGUUUUAACAGAAUAACACAUUCUGAUAACAGAUGAGCGUCUGAAAUGCCCUUGUUUGCACUGAUGUAUUCGGUUACCACAUCCAUAACUUUACUGUGUUCUCUGCGCAUAAUCGAGAUCAUCUGUCCGGAGUCGAUAUUACUGCUCCAGUAACGGAUUGAUCCACGCUUCUCAUUCACAUUUUACGGCAUGACAUGUAGAUAAUCAUCCGAUAUUUUGAUGGGGCUCCUGAGGAUCAUGAUGCCACCCAAGUUCCAGCUGCUGGCUGUUAUGGCGUUUGGAGUGGCGAUGCUUUUCAUUGAGAACCAGAUUCAGAAGCUGGAAGAGUCUCGGGCAAAGCUGGAGCGCACCAUGGCCAGACACGAGGUGCGAGAAGUGGAGCAGAGACAGACACGGGACAGCCUGCGGGACUCUCCAGCAUUGCCUGAAAUUGAGGAUCUGGUCAUCAUCUAUAACCGUGUGCCCAAGACUGCCAGCACAUCCUUCACCAACAUCGCAUAUGACCUGUGCGGAAAGAACCGCUUUCAUGUUCUCCACAUCAACACCACCAAGAACAAUCCGGUCAUGUCCCUGCAGGACCAGAUGAGGUUUGUAAGGAACGUGACGUCCUGGAGAGAAAUGAAACCAGGUUUCUACCAUGGCCAUGUCGCCUACUUGGACUUCACAAAGUUUGGUAUCAAGGGGAAGCCGGUUUACAUCAACAUUGUACGGGACCCCAUCGAGAGGUUGGUGUCUUACUACUAUUUUCUCCGAUUUGGAGAUGAUUAUCGGCCAGGUCUCAGACGGAGAAAGCAGGGGGACAAAAAGACGUUUGAUGAGUGUGUAUCGUCAGGAGGUUCUGAUUGCACUCCUGAGAAGCUUUGGUUACAGAUCCCGUUCUUCUGUGGCCAUUACUCGGAGUGCUGGAAUGUUGGCAGUAGGUGGGCUCUUGAGCAGGCCAAGUAUAAUUUGGUGAAUGAAUAUCUGCUUGUGGGAGUGACUGAGGAGCUGGAAGAUUUUAUCAUGAUGCUUGAGGCAGCGCUGCCACGUUUCUUCAGAGGAGCAACUGAGCUCUACCGCACAGGUAAGAAAUCUCACUUGAGGAAAACAAGCGAGAAGAAACCUCCUACUAAAGAGUCCAUCUCAAAGCUGCAGCAGUCCAACAUAUGGAAGAUGGAGAACGAGUUCUAUGAGUUUGCGCUGGAACAGUUUCAGUUUGUGCGUGCUCACAGCGUCAGGGAAAAAGAUGGAGAGCUUUACCUGCUGGCUCAGAACUUCUUUUACGAGAAAAUCUAUCCAAAAGUAAACUAGAGUAUACAUUAGCAUGGUCCAAGUGUCGUUUGGCCUGUUCAUGUAAUGUUCUGUCACUUUCACUGGGAAGAGAAGAAGAGGACAUCUAGAAUGUGGACAAAAUGCCUGGAGGUCCUAGACUAGAGGGCUUGAGGGAAAUAGAGCGUGUUUUUUUUGUUUGUUUGUUUUUUCUUUUCUUUUUGAGAGAGACUUUACACAGUGAUCACGAGGCUCGGUAUCGAGCCACUUUGAGCCCAGUAUCUUUUUAUGGACUUUCACAGCAGUGAAAAAACUUGUGACAUAAACAUCAAAUUAUCACAUAAUUCAUCAUGCCUUCCAAAAGAAAAUGACAGAAGCUUUUUGGCCAUCAGUCAUUGUUGAGAAAUAUGGAUUUUGAACAGGGUCAAAAGGGUACUUUUUGUACCAGACAUUUGGUACAUUAGGAGCACCUCCUUAUUUUACUACUAACUGUGGUUUUGUGAAUUCUUAACACUUUCUUGCAUUGUGUACAUUGAUUUUUAAUAGAAUGCCAUAAACAGUGUUUACAGACUUUAGUAAAGGUAUUGUAGCCAGAGGUUAGAAAGUGGUAAAACAGAUUUCAUAUCUGUACAAAUUGUAUUUACAUGUAUAUUUUAUGUAAUUGGACCAAAUGGUUGUAAGAAAUUCAAAGCUGUAGAGUUUAAAAUUAGUUAUUUAGAAAAUAGACACUUUUGAGAAUUCCACUGGUGCUUGCUUUCUUUUUUUUUUAUUGCUCAUUUUUUCCAUCACAAGUUCACAACUCCUGAAGACUCUAAAAUAAUGAAAUGGAGGUUACACUGAUCACUAAGACUUUUGAAUUGAAGACCAUGACCUCCAUGAUCCUGUUUCUGUCUGCUACUGUAUGAGGCCUGAUUAGUCAAGAACAGGUUCCUUGAGUCUUAACUACUGGUAUCAUCUUGUAGCGCAGUAUUGGCUUAAGGUAACGUGGUCUCAACAGAUUUCUACCCUCUCAGAAGUCCUAAUUAUAGUGUGUUAUACCAGAAUAAAAAUGAAUGAAAGAAAGAAAGGCUCAAACCAACAUUAGUUGUACACUCAAUAGUGCCUUCAUGAAUCAUUCAUCCCACCCUGGUUCCAGCAGUUGUUCGGAUUAUUUAAACAAUGUCUGUAUUUUAAACUUUUAAAGCUGCCAGCUUUCCUUUUAUAUUUGGGUUCUUUCCUUUAUCUUUUUUUUUUUUUUUUUUGUAUCAAUUGUCUCAAAGCAUUUCAAAUAAACUACUGUCUGUGAGACCA